AUGACGGAGUACUGGGUGAGUCAGGGGCAGCACUGGUGCGAGUACUGCCGCAUAUUCCUGGCCAACAAUGCGGCGUCCAUCCGCAUGCACGAGGGGGGCACGCGCCACAAGGAGGCUGUCGCUGCCAAGCUCAGCGCCAUCCGCAGGGAGGGCAAGCAGAAGGAGCGCGAGAAGGAGGAGGCUGAGCGAGCUAUUAAGGCGAUUGAGGAGGUCCUGAAGAGCAUGCACGAGGGGGGCACGCGCCACAAGGAGGCCGUCGCUGCCAAGCUCAGCGCGAUACGGAGGGAGGGCAAGCAGAAGGAGCGCGAGAAGGAGGAGGCAGAGCGGGCCAUUAAGGCAAUUGAGGAGAAGGAGCGCGAGAAGGAGGAGGCAGAGAGGGCUAUUAAGGCGAUCGAGGAGGUGAGGGGAGAAGGGGAGAUAGCAUGCACGCGACACAAGGAGGCCGUGGCUGCCAAGCUCAGCGCCAUCCGCAGGGAGGGCAAGCAGAAGGAGCGCGAGAAGGAGGAGGCUGAGCGGGCUAUUAAGGCGAUUGAGGAGGUGAGGGGAAGUGUGUGA